AUGCUUCGAACAGCUUUUCUCAGCGCGGCCCUUGCGGCCCUCACGACCGCUGACACAACCGUCAACGUCGCCAACGACGUGCGUCCUCUUCCUCUCCAGACACAGUCUGCCGUGCUUUCCGCCGUGGACUUCUUUGCGCAGAGCUGCCCCGAAGAGGUCGCGCCGCAGACGCCGUACAAUGCCUCCUUGCUCCUGUCCAAGUACACGCCCGAAUUUGGAGUCACCGACCAGCGCGUAUUUGCCACCAAUACCGUGUACCCAUCCUCGGACAGCGUGGUGCGCGGCGCGCUGGAGGCGUGGGCGCAGCACCAGCAUCUCGUCCUGCGGCCCGACGAGGUCUGGUUCGAGGUCCUGGCGCAGGUCAACUUUUACAUGGCGGCGCACGCCGAGGACGUGCGGCACCUGUUUGUCGACUUUGAUGGCCAGGAAGAGAUCCAGGUAUGGGCGUAUACCUGGCGCGACGUGAUUGCGAGCUUUGCGGGCGAGAUCCAGAAGCGCGUCAAGACAAACUGGCUCGAGGCGUGGGUCAGGCCCAACUUCAGCACGAGCAACGAGGACGACGGCAUGACGGCCACGGUGCUCAUGAUGGGCCUCGUCAAGCAGUACUUUUCCUUUUCCGGCGGCAUCAUCUGCGGGCUGCCGCGCGUCACGCUGCUCGGAUCUCGGGGGGACUGGGACAAGCUCCUGAAAAAGCUGGACCGCCUGACCGAGUUUGGUCCAGAGGCUGCGGAGUAUGCGAAGAAUCUGCGACCUAUUUUCAAGCGCUUUGUCCGGACUUUUGACGAGCCAAACAGCAAUGAGAUCAAGACGUUUUGGCGCCAAAUUGUCCGCGCCGAGCAUCACUUUUCCUGCGGCAGGGGCGCGGUUGAGUAUACCAUCACCGGCUGGCUCACGGGCCUACUGCACUGGGACGAGCACGGCAGCCUGCGCGUGUCCCAGUACCAGGAAAAAGAAGAAAAGGCGGCUGUCACGCUCGACGGCGUCAAGUACUACGGCCAGCCAAUGGACAAGAUACCUGUGGGCUACGCCAGGGUACCACUCAAGAUGCUCGAUUACCCGAAGCCGGGCGUCAACACCGACGCGUACCUGCUGGCUGGCAACAUUGGCGUCAACCGCACGGCGGCCAGCGUCCGCGGCGGGUACACGCGCGCACAACCGAUGAGCUCCUGGUUCCUGUACGGGCCCGUGGACAAGGAUUACAACAAGACAGGGCGUAGGGGCAGCUUUCAGGAGCUGCAGCGGGCGGCGGAGGGCAUGUUGGUGCAGCCGACUUGCCCGGGGUACCAACCCCCAUGGAACCCGGCGACUGGUGAGCAGUAG